AUGCCCUAUGACGCCGUUGACAACACAUAUACCCUGCACAGAGUGAUCAUGGCAUGCGCAGCGUUCACAAACCCCAAAGACGUCUGGAACUUCCGCUACCCUUCUCUCUUUCACGCGACAAUGGCCCAAGCGGAACAAAAUCUCACCAUGAUUAUCAAAUACACCUACUGGUCUGUACCGUCAGGACCGAAGGAUGACGACAACUCGCAUGACCACCGCCAGGACCGCAACGGCAGCAACGCGAUCAUGAUUCCAGGCAGUUUCUCGGAUCAUGUCAUUCAAAUCCUCGAAAAGGAAAUCCGGCCUUGCUUCGCCAAUGUCCAGGCGCACAAGGUUGCGCAGAGGGCACAGGCGACGAUUGAGAUACAUCAGGAGAAAUUGAGACUGCAGGACUACCAGCAGCAGCAGAAGGCAAUCGCGAUGGCGGAGAGAGCUAGUAGUGGUAGUAGUGGCAGUAGUAAGGAUGAUGGUACCAUCACUACUAUCGGAGGAGAAGACACAGACAAGGAUAUUACUCGCCAACAACAACACCAGAUGGAACAACAGGGUAAGAGCACCCGAUUCAAGAUUGCUCCCGUAGGAGACACACCGAACGACGAGAACGAAUUCUGGACGAGGAUGGAUAACAGAUCUGAGGAAGAUAACGACCCUACGCUGCCCAAGAGGUGGGACGUGGAUUUUCUGGAAGCCGUGCCGAUAGCGGAGUGGUGUGCUCAACAACCCAUUCAGGAUCGGGGUCGUAUUCUGGAAGUGUUUAUGGUGCUCGUGGGGCCUAUCUUGGCUUUGACCGAGACUGUUAGUUUCCGGUACCGAGUCAGAGGAUUGAAUCUGCUGAGUCGAUUUCUACUCCGUUACCAUAGCACCGACAACAACAGUAACAACGCGAUUGAUCAGCAGGGAGCGGGUAGGCCAAGACCUGCGGCAGAGUCAAGGAUAUGGAUCAAGAUCUUUGAGAGGACAGGGUUGGAUCAAGUUCUGGAACGGACGCUCACGCCGCUUUUGGCGCCUAUUCAGGCCAUGUUCUCACCCGCCCCCGGAGCAGAGGACUCUGGUGAUUCAGAGUAUUCUUUGGAGGUCUUGAAUGCCGCUUUUGGAGCCUACUUGACCUUGAUUCUCGUCAAUACUGAGCCAGGUGAUAAACCAACAUCGACCACAGACGACUCACACCACAUCCAACUUGGCCAACAAUCUUCAGGAACAGCACUCACGGUCGAGAACCUGUUCAUCCACGGACUCCUGGGAAGCUUCAAACGCGCCAGCCCGUCCAAGGAAUACCGAACCGUCAUUCUAGAAUGGGUUGCACGACUCGUACGCCCCGUCGUCCCACUUGAGUUCCUCCUCCAGGAUUCUUCGGACCCUUCACUUCGAAGUAGAUUCCAAGGAAUCUUUGGAAUGGGCUCCCUGACGAUCAAGUACCUCCCAACACUGAUCCCGUACCUCUGUCGCAUCCUCGAGUACCCUUUCCCUUCUUCCCCUCCAGAUGUCAGACUUGAGAGCUUGACGCUGGCUUGGAGGGCUUCUGAGGCUCUUUACCAGAUCAUGGAUGUCUCUCGCGCUAGAAUCCCAAGGAAUCGUGGACAGCUCCUGGCGACUAUUUGCAAAUGCUGGGCAAACUCACGGAUAUUCUCACUCGACUCAACAUCGUCUUCGUCUUCGUCGUCGUCGUCGUCAUCCAAGGAUGAACCGAUAAAGUCGCAAUUGGAGCAGGAACAGAUGCGCCUUGACGAAAGUCUCGUCAGAUCCAUGCGCCUCUGCAUUGAGAUCUGUCAACCCAAGAUCACGGACGACUCUCUUCCAAGCGGACUCGAGAAGGACUUGACGAUUCUGCGAGAACUCGAUCCUGCAGUUUUCGGUCCCCUCUUUGCCAGCUCUUGA